AUGUGGGUCUGCGGGGCGCUCUGCAGGGCUCGAGCCCCGGCCCAGCUGGGGCAGAGGCUGCUUCCAGAGUCCAGCCGGCGGCGGCCUGCCGCCGCCUCCUUCUCUGCCUCUGCCGAGGCUUCCCGGGUCCGGGCGCUGGUCUAUGGGCACCACGGGGACCCAGCCAAAGUCGUCGAACUGAAGAACCUGGAGCUGGCUGCUGUGGGCGGAUCAGACGUCCAUGUGAAGAUGCUGGCGGCCCCUAUCAAUCCAUCUGACAUAAAUAUGAUCCAAGGAAACUACGGCCUCCUUCCCCAGCUGCCUGCUGUUGGAGGGAACGAAGGUGUUGGGCAGGUCAUAGCCGUGGGCAGCAGUGUGACCGGGGUGAAGCCAGGAGACUGGGUGAUCCCAGCGAAUCCUGGCUUGGGAACCUGGCGGACCGAGGCUGUGUUCGGCGAGGAAGAGCUCAUCACAGUCCCAAGUGACAUCCCUCUUCAGAGCGCCGCCACCCUGGGCGUCAACCCCUGCACGGCCUACCGGAUGCUGAUGGACUUUGAGCGGCUGCGGCCAGGGGAUUCCGUCAUCCAGAAUGCAUCCAACAGUGGAGUGGGGCAAGCGGUCAUCCAGAUCGCGGCCGCCCUGGGCCUGAGGACCAUCAACGUGCUCCGGGACAGACCUGACCUCCAGAAGCUGACCGACAGACUGAAGAAUCUGGGGGCUGACCACGUGGUCACAGAAGAGGAGCUAAGAAAGCAUGAGAUGAAAAGCUUCUUUAAGAGGGGUAGCUCGCUCACCACAGAUUCUCUGGUUUCCCAGGACGUGCCCCAGCCGCGGCUUGCUCUCAACUGUGUGGGCGGGAAGAGCGCCACGGAGCUGCUACGGCAUUUGGCGCCUGGAGGAACCAUGGUGACCUAUGGGGGAAUGGCCAAGCAGCCUGUCAUCGCCUCUGUGAGCCAGCUUAUUUUUAAGGAUCUCAAACUUCGGGGCUUUUGGUUAUCCCAGUGGAAGAAGGACCACAGUCCAGACCAGUUCAAGGAGCUGAUCCUCACGCUCUGCGAUCUCAUCCGCCGAGGCCAACUCGCAGCCCCCGCCUGCUCCGAGGUCCCACUGCAGGACUACCCGUGUGCCCUAGAAGCGUCCACGCAGCCCUUCACGUCUUCAAAGCAGAUUCUCACCAUGUGAUGUGACAACCCCAGAGGCAAGCGGGAGGGGAGAUGGAGCAGCAGGACUGGUUCGGGCCCUCCCCCCACCCCCCAGUGGGGCCUCCACCGUCCACAGGCUGCACCUCUCCUCACUGUCCCUUCUGACCCAGAGAAUUGGGGGGCCAGCCUCAGGGUAUUGAAUAAAGUCUGAACUUCCUAGGAGGAAAAAAAAA